AUGGAUCACCUCAUGCCUCCCAACAAUGUGACUGAAUUCAUUCUCUGGGGGCUCACACAGAAUCCACACUUGCAGAAAAUACUCUUUAUUGUAUUUUUAUUUAUUUUUCUAUUUACCGUGCUGGCCAAUCUGUUCAUUGUCAUCACCAUCUCCUGUAGCCCCACACUUUCAUCACCCAUGUACUUCUUUCUCACUUACUUAUCCUUUAUAGAUGCCUCCUACACCUCUGUCACAACCCCCAAAAUGAUCAUUGACCUGCUCUACCAGAGGAGAACUAUUUCCUUGGCUGGCUGCCUGACUCAGCUCUUUGUGGAGCACUUGCUGGGAGGCUCAGAGAUCAUCCUCCUUAUUGUCAUGGCCUAUGACCGCUACGUGGCCAUCUGCAAGCCCCUGCACUACACAACCAUUAUGCGACAAGGGAUCUGCCACCUUCUGGUGGUGAUAGCCUGGAUUGGAGGCAUCCUGCAUGCCACUGCGCAGAUUCUUUUCGUGACCGACUUGCCCUUCUGUGGUCCCAAUGUCAUUGACCACUUUAUGUGUGAUCUCUUCCCAUUGUUGAAACUUGCCUGCAGAGACACCUACAGACUUGGGAUGGUGGUGGCAGCCAACAGUGGAGCCAUGUGCUUGCUCAUCUUUUCCCUGCUCCUCAUCUCCUACAUAGUCAUCCUGAGCUCCCUGAAAUCCUAUAGCUCUGAAGGACAGCGCAAAGCCCUCUCCACCUGUGGCUCCCACUUUACUGUCGUUGUACUCUUUUUUCUGCCUUGCAUAUUCACCUACAUGCGUCCUGUGGUCACCUACUUUGUGGACAAGUUGGUGACUGUGUUCUUUGCAAUCCUCACUCCCAUGUUAAAUCCUAUAAUUUACACUGUGAGAAACACAGAGGUAAAAAAUGCCGUGAGGAGUUUGUUGAGGAAAAGAGUAACAGUUUGUGCAUAA